UCACCCUAGAGUAUCACCCUAAAGUAUCGCGCAAGAUGCCCAUGAUGCCGAACAUGACGGCGCCGAGCCCGUACGGGAGUGUGAGCGACGAGGCUCGCCGCCGGUACGAGGAGCGCUACGCAAAGAAACGCGCAGAGGAGGCAGCAAAGGCCCGCGCAGAGGCAGAGGCAGCCAACACCCCCCCGCCCCAGCCCCAGCAGCCGCCGCCCCAGGCCCAGGUCCAGCAGGGAUACGCCCAGCAGCAAUAUAAACAACAGCCACUACAGGGCUACGGCGCGCCCCCUCCCCAACAGCAAUACCAACAAUCCCACCCUCCCCCUUCUCAGCAAUACCAACAGCAGCCGGCACAGAACCACCAGCAACGCCCGGUUCAGGGUGGAUACCAGUCGCCGCCUCAGCAACAGCAGCAACAGGCGUACCAAUCCCGGGCGCCUGUCCAACAGCAGCAGCAGUGGAAUGGAGCGCCCCAGGGCCAAGGUCUCGGUGUGGGCUCGCAGCAGCAGGGAGGGUAUCAGCAGCAGCAGGCGAGAGCGCCGCCGGUUGCGCCUGCAGGAGGAGAAGAUGCCGAGUUGAGGUCGUUGUUUGCUCAGUUUGACAGCUCUCGUUCAGGCCAGCUUCACGCGUUCGACUUGCAGAGAUUACUCGCCAAGGACGCCACGAUGGAGGCUCGAGAAGAUGCGGUCAAGAUGCUUAUGAACAUCUUUGACACCGACAGGAGCGGCAGUAUCAACUUUAUGGAGUUCGAGGGUCUUUAUCGAUAUAUCCAAGACUGGCACGGCAUCUUCCGCCGCUUCGACCGCGACAACUCUGGCCUCAUCGACCGCAAAGAACUCCACGCCGCCCUCCUCGGUUUCGGCUUCUCCCUUCCCCCCGAGCUCGUCGCCAAGCUCGAAAAGCGCUUUGCCCCGCCCCCAGCGCCGGGGCAGACGUAUCAGCCGGGCAUCAGCUUUGAUCGGUUCUUGCUGGCUUGUGUGACUGUGAAGCAUUAUACCGAGGCGUUUAGGAGACACGAUCCUGGGAAUACGGGCAAGAUUACCGUCACGUAUAACGACUAUAUGGACAUCGUUCUCGAGUCUCCCAGUUAAAACCCGUCUUUGACUGUCCUAUUACCAUAACGACGUGUCUCUGUAUUCUCAUCAUUAUCAACGACGCUCAUGAUUAUGCAUUAUGGAUGACUUGCUUGAGGC